AUGGGUGAUUCCGCGGCCCUACAGGCUACGGUAGCAACCUUAUCUCGUUGUUUUCUCUGGUCGCCAUUAAACAGGUUGCUUUCUCGUCCUCCAUCACUGCAACUCCAUCAGCUGGAGUGGCGCCCGCCAACACAUAUUUAUAUUGUGUUAAUUUCUCAAAUUUCCGCCAUUUGUGCAGAAGAGCGGAACUUUGUCAUCGGAUUUGGACCGAGUUCUAGAAAAAUCGAAUCCACCAUAUCCAACAAAAGCUCGAUCUUGCCUGAAAAGAUUUCAGGCCCACGAAUUGAUUUCCCUACACAGGCCCAUGUAAUAGACCAUCUGGACGCCAUGGAACUGGAAAAAGCUCCUCCUCUAAAAAUCACAAAGCAAUAUUCAUGUCUGGGAUAUGAUUUAUUUGAUUCUUCAGAAAUGGGUUCUUCUUCUUCCCCCGUCUUCCAAUUUCUGCAAUUAACCACAACCCUAAACCAUCAUUCGUCAACCCCACAGCUCACCGCGUAUGAUCGUCAACAUCGUUUUAAAUUCAACGAAUCAAGACUGGUAAGUUCCUCCGAUGCCAACAAACCAUCGAUUCUGCGGAUUAGAAAAACACCAUCAGAUGCAAAAACCUGCAGGGUUGUGGGUGCUACUGUGAGUGACGUUUCGUCUGCAAUUUCUUCAGACCCUGCUAUGGCGGCCGACGUCUCUUGGCAGAUAGUCGUUGGAGCUAUAGCUGGGGUUACUCCAUUUGUGGUUGCUGGAAUUGAGUUCGGCAAAAGAAUUGUGGCGCAAAGGAACUGCAAGACAUGUAAAGGAUCAGGGCUUGUGCUUAGGGACAACAAGUACUACUUCCGCUGUCCUGCCUGUGGUGGAUUCUUGCCAUGGCAGUCGUGGACAAGAUUCUUCACAGGUUAGAUCCAAAUGGGCUUGACCUGAGAUUGAUGAUGCCCAAAAUUGAAGGACCUCAAGUAAUCCUUACAUUGAAUUAUUUGUAUCAAGCAAUUAUACACACAAAUGAGAAUAUCUGUUUAUGUAUUUGUAAGA